CUUGGAAUGUCUUUUUGUGAUCCAGUUUAUCGUUCAACUAUUUUGAUAUGAAAGGAUUAAUUAAAUCUUAAAAACUAUUCGUUCAAUAAAAAAGAAUAAAAUUUAGAUUGCUAGUGGAAUCUUAAAAACCCUAAGUAGAUAGAUUUCAGAGUUCAUGUAUAUUUCACACUUUAAAAUAUCUGAAUGUUAUAAAUAGUAUUGAUACCAAACAAAAAACAUGACAUUAAUACAUAGAAAUUCCGAGAGGGAAAAUUAGAUUUCAGCAGACCAGACGCCUUCUUUAUGCAUUUUAUUUUCUUCUUUUUUUUUUUUUUUCUCUUACAGCUCACUCUUCCGUCCUUGGAUUGAAACCUAAUUUUUCCGCCUUGGUCGCUGGAAAUCUGACCCUCUUUACGCCGGCCGGCUACGCCUACCCCUUUCAUUCCCUUCUCCCUCCUCCUUCCUCCCUUUCAUCCGCCUUUUAUGGUCCUUAAGUCCACCUUCGGUCUCUUCUUCCUUCCCUUCUCCCACCUGCCCCUGUCUGGCCUAGAGUGAGCCGCCUUCUUCAUUUCCUUCACCCUUCUCUCUCCCUUCGCUCUCCAUUCACAAUCCCGAAGUUUAAAGCAAUUUGCUUUGUUUGCAGGAAAUUAAAUUGGAUUCAUAUCUUAUUGGGGAAUUACUGAGAAGAGGAAAUGAAGAAAUGAAUCAAAGGAAAUACUGGCACAGUUUUGUGUUCUCGUAGCAUUGGCUUUCUAUGAUUGGUCAAGCAUUUUUAGAAUCAGAAAAUGGAGCUGCAAAUAAAGGUGGCGCAGGCUGUCCAUGUGCUGAAUCACGAUACAGAAUCUUGUAACCGCGUUGCAGCUAAUCAGUGGUUGGUUCAGUUCCAACAGACGGAGGCGGCCUGGGAGGUCGCUUCCUCAAUCCUUACCUCUGAUCACCCUCGUUUAUUCUCCGAUUUUGAAGUUGAAUUUUUUGCUGCUCAGAUUCUCAAACGGAAGAUCCAGAACGAAGGAUAUUAUUUGCAACUAGGAGUUAAAGAUGCUUUGCUUAAUGCCCUUCUUGUGGCUGCUAAAAGAUUCAGUUCGGGCCCUCCGCAGCUAUUAACCCAAAUCUGCCUUGCACUCUCUGCCCUUAUACUUCGAUCUGUUGAGCAUGGAAAACCUAUCGAGCAACUCUUUUUUAGUCUACAAAAUCUGCGCAGCCAGAAUGAUGGGAUUGUUGCUGUACUUGAAAUGCUCACUGUUCUACCAGAGGAAAUUGUUGACACCCAAACUACUGAUUCUAAAAUAAGUGCAUCCCACAGAAGCCAGUAUGGCCAAGAGCUUCUUUCACAUACUCCUAUGGUUAUUGAAUUCCUACUCCAGCAGUCUGAAAAUAAGUUUGAAGGUUGCCUGCAACCAAAUGAAAGGAACAGAAAAGUUCUCCGUUGUUUACUCAGCUGGGUUCGUGCUGGGUGCUUCUCAGAGAUCUCCGAAGGUUCAUUGGCAACACAUCCUCUGCUUAAUUUUGUAUUCAACUCCCUGCAGGUAUCCUCUUCAUUUGACUUGGCUGUUGAAGUUCUUGUUGAACUAGUGAGUCGUCAUGAGGGACUGCCUCAGGUUUUGCUCUGCAGAGUACCUUUUCUAAGAGAGAUGCUUCUUCUACCGGCCCUUACUGGUGGAGAUGAGAAGGUGGUUGCUGGCCUUGCAUGUUUGAUGUCUGAAAUUGGGCAGGCUGCACCAUCUUUGAUCGUAGAGGCAAGUGCUGAGGCACUUGUGCUGACGGAUGCUCUGUUGAGUUGUGUGGUUUUUCCAUGUGAAGACUGGGAUAUUGCAGACUCUACUUUGCAAUUUUGGUCUAGUCUUGCAAGCUAUAUACUUGGUCUUGAUGUUGAUGGUGCAAAUAAAAAAAGUGUCGAGGGCAUGUUUUUUCCUGUAUUCUCAGCACUAUUUGAUGCUCUUUUACUACGUGCUCAGGUGGAUGAAUCUACAUUUAAUGACGAGAGUGGAACUUUUGAGUUGCCCGAUGGUCUUGUCCAAUUUAGGACGAAUCUUGUUGAACUUUUGGUGGAUAUAUGUCAGCUACUACAACCUGCUACAUUUGUACAAAAGAUUUUCUUCUGUGGUUGGUUUUCUUCAAAUGUGGCAAUACCUUGGAAAGAGGUAGAAAUCAAAUUGUUUGCCCUCAAUGUGGUUUCUGAAGUGGUCUUGCAAGGGGGCCAAACUUUUGAUUUCUCUGUGAUUAUGCAGUUGGUUACAGUGUUAUCUUCUUGGCCUUCUGAUAAUCUCAAGGGAUUUAUGUGCAUUGUUUACAGAUCGGUUGCAGAUGUUAUUGGUUCCUAUUCCAAGUGGAUAUGUCCCCUGCAAACUAAUGCUAGACCCUCACUAUUAUUUCUUGCUGCAGGGAUUUCAGAACCGCUGUCCUCAAAUGCUUGUGCGUCUGCCCUCCGUAAAUUUUGCGAAGAUGUUUCUGCUGUGACCUUUGAGCCAUCAAAUUUGGAUAUCUUGAUGUGGAUAUGGGAGGCUUUGGAGAAGAAGUGUCUUCCUUUGGAAGAUGAAGAAGAAGUUGUUAGCGCAAUCAGCCUGGUCCUUGGCUCUGUUUCUGACAAGGAGCUACAGAACAACUUAUUAUCUAGAUUGCUAUCUUCCAGCUAUGAAGCUAUUGGGAAACUUAUUGAAGAUAAUAAUAACCGUUCUCUAAGACAGAAUCCAGCUGCCUAUUCCCAAGUUUUGAGCUUUGCAACAAGAGGGCUGCACAGGAUGGGAAUUGUCUUCAGUCAUCUGGCAAUGCCUAUUCUGUAUGAGGCUUCUACUGAUAAUCCCAUCAUUGCUGUAAUUAGGGUUUUCUGGCCUAUGCUGGAGAAGCUUUUUAGAUCAGAACAUAUGGAGAACAGUAGUUUAUCCACUGCAGCUUGUCGUGCUCUUUCGCUAGCAAUUCAAUCCUCAGGCCAGCACUUUGAAAUGCUACUGCCCAAAAUAUUAGAUUGCCUGUCAACAAACUUUUUGUCAUUUCAAAGUCAUGAAUGCUACAUCAGAACUGCUUCCGUUGUUAUUGAAGAGUUUGGUCACAAAGAGGAGUAUGGUCCUUUGUACAUGAGCACAUUUGAACGAUUUACCCAAGCAUCUUCAGUAAUGGCCCUUAAUUCUUCAUAUGUAUGUGACCAAGAGCCUGAUCUAGUGGAGGCCUACACAAAUUUUGCAUUGACAUUUGUUCGUGGCUCUCAUAAGGAAGUAUUGGCUGCAUCUGGUGCUCUUCUAGAAAUUUCUUUUCAAAAGGCAGCUAUAUGCUGCACUGCUAUGCAUCGUGGGGCAGCACUUGCAGCUAUGUCAUACUUGUCUUGUUUCUUGGAAGUUGGCCUUGCUUCUUUAUUGGAAUCAAUGACCUUUUCUCCUGAAGGAUCAUUCAGUGCCACAGCAAUUCAUAUCGUUUCUCAUAGUGGGGAGGGACUUGUAUCAAAUAUAGUGUAUGCUUUACUUGGUGUCUCAGCAAUGUCACGGGUUCAGAAGUGUACGACAAUAUUGCAACAAUUAGCUGCAAUUUGCUGUUUGAGUGAAAGAACAAACUGGAAGGCCAUUCUUUCUUCGAAAUUCUUGCAUUCAUGGCUACAAGCAGCGUUUUAUCAGGUGCAGGCUCUUCCAGCUGACUAUCUGAAUCAGGGAGAAGCUGAAACGUUAGUGCCAGUUUGGUUGAAGGCCCUUGCUGGUGCGGCUUCAGAUUAUCUUGAGAGCAAGAGCUCCAAUAGAGGAAGGAGCGAUUAUGGACAUAUGCAAGGGAAAGGAGGACGAGUGCUGAAACGAGUAAUCCGAGAGUUUGCUGACGGUCAUCGCAAUAUCCCAAAUUUGACUUGACUGCAGCCCAUAGAUAGAAUCAGCCUGCAGCUAUUGACAUAUUGGUUGAAGCUUUUGUUGCUUGCUGUACAAAUGUGAUCAGCUUGUUUUCAAGCUGUCAAUUCUGGCAGUCACCAUUUGUGGUAUUGAGUGGCUGCUACCACAUCUAAUUAAUGCUCCCGAGAAUCUCUUGCGUAGCAUAUUGCUCCAAUUUUGUUAGACCAGAAAGAAUCAGAAUAGGAUUUUUCUAUAUUUUUGGCGAGAGCUGAUGGAAAUGGGAGUACACAUUCUCCAUUUUCCUCUUGAUGCCAUAUAAUACAUGCACGUAAUAAAGUAAUGUAGCUAGUGAUUUUUAUUUUUUACUUUAUCAUGGCAAAAUAUUUUGAGAUUAUAAUACAAGUUAUUAUUCAUUUACAGUACCAUUUGCGGAUACCAUGCAGUUUU